AUGUUAAAUUCUUGGGGAACGACAAGCCUAUUGAUGGGCCUUGCCCUUGGCAGAUAUGCUGUAGCUGAAGAUGUCAUUACCAGUGACAGCCAUUUCUAUGGCGAAUCUCCGGCAGUCUAUCCGUCCCCUGUGGGAUCUGGUACUGGAGACUGGGCAGCUGCAUAUGUGAAGGCCAAGGCUUUCGUUGCGAAACUUUCUGAUGAUGAGAAGGUUAAUCUCACAGCUGGUGUAACAUCCAAUACUGGCUGUUCUGGAAAUAUUCAAGCUAUCGAACGCUUGGGAUUUCCAGGGAUGUGCGUCAGUGAUGCUGGAAAUGGUCUUUCCUUCAACCGUUGCAUCAUUCGUCUCUUUCAACUCUCAAAUGUUCAUGGACUGACAAAUUCUCUACAGAGAGGAACAGAUUACGUCAACAGUUGGGCAUCGGGGAUCUCUGUUGGAGCCAGCUGGAAUCGUGAUCUUGCAAAUGACCGGGCUACCUACAUGGGCAAAGAAUACCGCAAGAAGGGUGUGAACAUGAUUCUUGGCCCUGUCGUCGGUCCUCUUGGUCGUGUAGCACUUGGUGGACGUAACUGGGAAGGAUUCUCUACCGAUCCCUAUCUCAGUGGAAUUCUGGUCGCCGAGUCUGUCAAAGGCCUCCAGUCCCAAAAUGUUGCGACAUCCUUGAAGCAUUUCAUCGGCAAUGAACAAGAAACCAAUCGCAACCCCUCUACCGACUCUGAUGGUAAUGCUGUUCAAUCUGUUUCUUCCAACUUGGAUGAUCAGACCAUUCACGAGCUCUAUUUGUGGCCUUUCCAAGAUGCAGUCCUUGCUGGCGCUGCCUGUGUCAUGUGCUCAUAUAACCGAUUAAACAACUCAUACGCUUGCCAGAACAGCAAGACUCUUAAUGGCUUAUUGAAGACUGAGCUUGGUUUCCAGGGCUAUGUGGUGACGGACUGGGGAGCUCAGCAUGGUGGUAUUGCUAGUGCCAAUGCUGGACUUGACGUUGUCAUGCCCUCAUCUUCGCUCUGGAACAGUAAUCUGACCACUGCUAUUGCUAACGGAACAAUGGAAGCCUCGCGCUUAGAUGAUAUGAUCACGAGACUGAUGGCGACAUGGUACUAUCUAGACCAGGACUCGGUUUUCCCUAACCCGGGCAUUGGGAUGCCCACCAGCGCUUCCGCAGCUCAUCAAGCGGUCAUUGCUACAUCUCAAGAAGCGAAACCAAUCCUUCUUCAAUCCGCCAUUGAGGGGCACGUUCUAGUCAAGAAUACCAACAAAGCACUUCCUCUUAAGUCUCCGAAACUGAUUUCCGUUUUUGGCUACGAUGCUUAUACCCCAAUGACCAUGGACCUCUCGACAUCUUGGGACUUCAGCUCUGCAACCCGAUCAGCCCUCUAUCAAAACGGAACUCAGUAUGUUGGCGGCGGUUCCGGUGCUAACUCGCCCGCCUACGUCGAUGCUCCCAUCAGCGCCAUCCAGCGCCGAGCCUACGAAGAUGGCUCGUCUGUCCUCUGGGACUUCACCUCCGAAAGCCCAUCGGUGGACUACACUUCCGAUGUAUGUUUGGUGUUCAUCAACUCAUACGCUACAGAAGGCUAUGAUCGUGCAGGUCUAUAUGAUACUCACAGCGAUACAAUUGUUAACAACGUCGCUGAUAACUGCGCCAACACCAUUGUCGUGGUCCACAAUGCCGGUAUCCGCACUAUUGAGUCAUGGGUCGACCACACCAAUGUCACUGGUAUCAUCUAUGCCCAUCUUCCUGGCCAGGAUACCGGCCGUGCCUUGGUGGAGAUUCUAUACGGAGAUUCCAACCCCUCUGGCCGACUCCCCUACACUGUUGCCAAAACUGAAUCUGACUACGGCGCUUUGCUUGAGCCGUCUGAGCCCACCGGUAUCUACGAGUACUUCCCUCAGUCAGAAUUCUCAGAGGGUGUCUACAUCGACUACCGCGCCUUCGACAAGAAUGGAAUCGAGCCCCUAUACGCCUUCGGUUAUGGCCUUUCGUACACCACCUUCGAUUACUCUAAGCUCAAGGUUUCAAAGAAGUCUUCUUCGCUUUCCAAGUACCCGGCCAGAGCAUCGAUACUUCCGGGUGGAAACCCCCGUCUCUUCGAUACGCUGGUUACCGUGUCCGCCACUGUCAAGAAUACUGGUGGUGUUGAUGGUCAGGAAGUCGCACAGCUUUAUGUCGGUGUUCCCAAUGGCCCUAUUCGCCAACUUCGUGGAUUUGAAAAGGUCCUCAUCAAGUCGGGAAAGUCGGUCACUGUUAGAUAUAGCUUGACGCGCCGCGAUUUGAGUACUUGGGAUACCACUGCACAGGAAUGGCUGCUGCAACGGGGAACAUAUACAAUUUAUGUUGGUCGCAGCAGCAGAGACCUGCCCCUUAAGACGACCUUGACUAUUUAA